GAGCAUCCAAUUCCAAUCCAAUUUAUGUUUGAUGUGGCUAGAGCUACAUUGUUGUACGAGUCAAAAUAAAUUGCAAGAAGAGGAAGAAAUAAAGAAGGGACAAAGAGCCAAAAGAUGCGCACAGACAAAGAAGCAGUGAGGCAGAACAGUGUCUGAACUGAACUGUGGAGAGUGAAACACAGAGAGAGCAGAGAGAGAGAAAACCAUUUCAGUCAAAAAAGAGCAAGCAACAUGGGUGAAACAGUGAAGCGCACACACAAAGUUUGAAUUUUGAAGAGAAAGAGAGUAAAGAUGGAAAGGAAAGAAAAAGGUGGUGGGAAGAGUGAGAGAGAAGAGAAAAAAAAGCAAGGAUUAAUGGUGAAAAAGUUGAAACAAGGUAUGUUGUUGGUGGGGAAAAGAGGAGGAGGGCCUUGUACUCCACCACCCACAUGGAGACUUGAGCUUGAUAACAACCUCACCUUUCCCAACAACGCCAACAUAUCCACAUCAAUCUCUGCUAGAAAGCUCUGUGCUAACCUCUGGGAGAUUCAGCCCCACCACCACAACCCCGUUGCUAAAAUGAGCAGGAAUGGUGCUAGGAUUCGCCGCCACAAACGCAGGGAAAACAAGGGGUUUCAGAUUUCCAAACACUUGGUUGACCCUCCUAGUACCCCACCUAACCAGCCAGAAAGGAAAAGUAGCUUGAGGAGGCAUGUUGCAGCAUCACUUAUACAACACCCUCAAUCUGUUGACAGGAAUGAUAGUGCUCUACAGCCCAUAUCUCCCUCAAGUUAUAGUAGCUCAUUCGAGGUGGUACCUUAUAACCCUGUUGUCACUCCCACAAAGUCUUUGGACUUCAACGGUAGAAUGGGUGAGUCAAGUUAUAGCCUUAAAACAUCCACAGAAUUACUCAAGGUAAUCAAUCGGAUUUGGAAUCUUGAAGAACAGCAUGCGUCCAAUAUAUCAUUGGUGAAAGCACUGAAAAUGGAACUGUAUCUUUCUCAAGCUAGAAUUAAAGAAUUGCUGGAAGAGAAGCAUUUGGAAAGGCAUGAAAUGGAUGACUUGAUGAUGCAAGUUACAGAGGAUAAAAUUGUUAGGAAGAAUAAGGUGCAAGAUCGAAUCCAAGCUGCAGUUGAAUCAAUCAGGGAUGAGCUAGAAGGUGAGAGGAAGUUAAGAAAACAUUCAGAAAGCCUGCACCGGAAACUAGCUCAAGAACUUUCUGAACUGAAUUCUUCUUUUUAUAAUGCUUUGAGAGAGCUUGAAAGAGAGAGAAAAGCACGAAUUCUGUUGGAAAACUUGUGUGAUGAGUUUGCAAAAGGAAUAAGAGAAUAUGAACAAGAAGUACGGUCCCUGAAGCACAAAACUGUGAAGGGUAGUGUUGGUAGGGAAAACCCUGACAGGUUAAUUCUCCAUAUUUCAGAAGCAUGGCUUGAUGAACGGAUGCAAAUGAAGCUAGCAGAAGCUCGAAAUGAUCUUGCAGAAAAGAAAACAAUUGUGGAGAAGAUAGGGUUUGACAUAGAAACCUUUCUUCAAGCUAAAAGGUCUAUUAAAUCAAGGAAAAAUGGGAACUUCUCCCUAGUGGAGCUAAAGAAAAUUUGCUCACGUAAACCUUCAUUGGAGUCCUUUCCUUUGAAUGAGCCCGUUAGUGCAACUCAAAAUGCAGCUGAUGAAGGAGAUUCCUCAACUGAUGGUGAUUCACAUUGCUUUAAACCAAACAAGGAAACUGAUGGAAAACAAAGCAAAGGUAGCUGUAAACGAAACAGUGAUAAUGCUGCAGAAAGCCAUCAGAAUAAAAUAGUGAAAUCAAAUUCCAUAAGAAAAAAUUUUGGAUUAUGGGAAAUUGAAGAAGUCUGUAACCCAUCCAGUUUGCAAGGGCAGUUGAACGAACAUAUGGCAAAGGCCAUGCCAUGUAAUGGAAACAACGAGUUUCCUGGGAGGCAACAGGGUGAAAUGGGUGGAGAAAAGCAAGAUGUAAUAAACUAUCCUGAGAAAUUUGGAAUGUGUGAAGCUACCGAAGGUCUACAUGAAAGACAUGGCAAACGGGUUGGGGCCUGUGGAUUGAACACAGGACAUAUGCCUGAUAACUUGAUUAGAAGUCAUUCUUUGCCAUUGGAGGAUGACAAGAUUCAUCCCCAGAGUAAUUGCAUGGAAGAUUCUUGCAUUCGAUCCAUGUUAACAGGUAAUGCUAAUCCAGUGCAACAGUGGAUGUCAAAAUUAACAACCCCAGAUGUUGAAAAUUCAGAAUCUACUUUAAGAUGGCCUCGGGGCUUGAAGGAAAAUACAUUGUUGGCAAAACUACUUGAAGCCAGGUUAGAGGCACAGCUUUCUCGGUCAAAAGCUUCCAAAAUUUCCUUUUAAAUUCAAGGGAACCAUAGAUUUUCCUGUAGAAUGAAGCUUCUGAGUAUUGGUAACGAAAUGUCUCUGAAAAAAAGGUGGCAAAACUUUUUUUGUUUCUUUAUCUUGUUAUAAUAGAGUAAAUUUUGUACAAGAAAAUUGAAUUAUUCUGUAAUUCACAUGGUUAGAUCAACUGGGAACAUUCAAGAUAA